AAUUACCCAUGCAAACUUGCAAACUUUGUACCAAUAUUUUCAUCUUGGCUCAGAUCGAUUUUGGCAAAACAAUUUCUCGAUAUUGUGCCGAAUUUUGUCAUCAAUCGGCCCUCCAUGUACCAAAAUGCGAGCGUAUAUAGCUCUCCUGGGCCUAUUCUGCACCAUAGGUGUGUCUUCUAGUACAACAUCUCCACCCAACCCAGAAUGCCCAAGUAUGCAUCGGUCUGCAAAGUCCUUGGAAAAGGCUCUGACAUUAUACACCAAGGAAAAGACAAAGUGCCAAGUCAACCAGCUAUGUUCAGGGCUUAUGUGUAAUGGAACACAUCAUGGUAAUGAUUUCUUCAUGCGAUUUGAGCUGAAGCAGUGUGGUAAACCCUCGGUACACCUGGACCUUAAAUACCCUGCCAAGGGCAUCGACGUGCACAGAGAUCUGAGUGAUGGAGCUGUCAAACUUAACCAGCUCAUGGAGCUGCGUCUGACCUUGAAGCGAGAUAAAAACCUUCUACGUGUCAAGGCUGGUGUCUACUCCUGCAUUCUCAGAACUUGCACACAAGUUAUUCCUUUAAUGCCAAAUCAGAUAGUUUGUGUUGAUAUGUCUAAAUGUAAAGGAUACAACACGUCUUCAGACUUUCCAUGUAACCCAUCUAUUCCACCCACCUUUCCUUCUACCUUCCCUUCUUCCCCAAUAUCACGAAAAGGCACCAUAGGUGUGUCUUCUAGUACAACAUCUCCACCCAACCCAGAAUGCCCAAGUAUGCAUCGGUCUGCAAAGUCCUUGGAAAAGGCUCUGACAUUAUACACCAAGGAAAAGACAAAGUGCCAAGUCAACCAGCUAUGUUCAGGGCUUAUGUGUAAUGGAACACAUCAUGGUAAUGAUUUCUUCAUGCGAUUUGAGCUGAAGCAGUGUGGUAAACCCUCGGUACACCUGGACCUUAAAUACCCUGCCAAGGGCAUUGGCGUGCACAGAGAUCUGAGUGAUGGAGCUGUCAAACUUAACCAGCUCAUGGAGCUGCGUCUGACCUUGAAGCGAGAUAAAAACCUUCUACAAGUCGAGGCUGGUGUCUACUCUUGCUUUCUCGGAACGUGCACAAAAGUUAUUCCUUUAAUGCCAAAGCAGAUAGUAUGUGUUGAUAUGUCUAAAUGUAAAGGAUACAACACGUCUUCAGACUUCCCAUGUAACCCAUCUAUUCCACCCACCUUUCCUUCUACCUUCCCUUCUUCCCCAAUAUCACGAAAAGGCACCAUAGGUGUGUCUUCUAGUACAACAUCUCCACCCAACCCAGAAUGCCCAAGUAUGCAUCGGUCUGCAAAGUCCUUGGAAAAGGCUCUGACAUUAUACACCAAGGAAAAGACAAAGUGCCAAGUCAACCAGCUAUGUUCAGGGCUUAUGUGUAAUGGAACACAUCAUGGUAAUGAUUUCUUCAUGCGAUUUGAGCUGAAGCAGUGUGGUAAACCCUCGGUACACCUGGACCUUAAAUACCCUGCCAAGGGCAUUGGCGUGCACAGAGAUCUGAGUGAUGGAGCUGUCAAACUUAACCAGCUCAUGGAGCUGCGUCUGACCUUGAAGCGAGAUAAAAACCUUCUACAAGUCGAGGCUGGUGUCUACUCUUGCUUUCUCGGAACGUGCACAAAAGUUAUUCCUUUAAUGCCAAAGCAGAUAGUAUGUGUUGAUAUGUCUAAAUGUAAAGGAUACAACACGUCUUCAGACUUCCCAUGUAACCCAUCUAUUCCACCCACCUUUCCUUCUACCUUCCCUUCUUCCCCAAUAUCACGAAAAGGUCAAAUGACAGGACCGACAGGAUCGACCUCUACAACCCCAUCUAAUGGAGUGAUCUAUGCCCACAGGAAAGACCCUGAUGCACACCAUAUGUCUGUCGGAAUGGCUGUGGGUAUAGGUGUGGCCUGUCUAUUCGGUAUACUGAUCAUCAUUGGCUCUGUUUUCUACUACAGACGCUUUCGGCGCUCGCGUCUCAGAGCUGCCUAUUAUAAUGACAUCUCUAUGAAUGAUCCUCUUUAUGAGGAUUUUGGCCCUGAAAUUGCAUGAGGUGUGUACUAGAGAAAACAUCUGUUACCCUCAAGCCUGUCAGGAAGCUCUUGACAUACCACACAGUCAUAUAGACCAAUAGCGGUAGAUAGCUGGAUAAUGCACAGGCACUUAACCCUCAUACCGGGACAACAAUGUCUACCUAACCCUCAUACUGGGCCCUGUAGGGAAGUCUACUAUAGGCUAAAGGGGACGCCAAUGUCCUGCAGGUGCCAAGCCUGGGGUACUUCUAGAGCUCUGCCCAUCCCCCCACCCCCUCAGCCAAAAAAGUGGCAUGUCCUUAUUGAAAGAUGGCCUAAGUUUAAUCAAAUUCCUUUUUUUUGUGUGUGAUGUAGAAGUAGGAGCUCUUUUUAAACCUACCACCCAAAGUGAUUGCUACUACUUCUUAAUAAUUUUUGCCAUUCCCAUUUGGAAAUUGUGGUUUUCCUUGAGAUAUAGUCAAAUACCAUUGUUACUUUAUGUUGGUAGUAAAUAAUGUGUUAAACCAUGCAAAAUCAAAUUUUUAAAUUACAUGCACUAGUAUUCCAAUAAUGAUAAUUCAAUUAUAUUUUCAUGCAUGAAAUAUAAAGCAAGCCCCCAAAAAUACUUGUUUUAGCCUGUAAGGAUACACGGGGGUUGUUUGAUAAAUGGCAAAUAAUAUUAUUUUGUUAUUGCCUUGCAUAACGGUAUGCCAAAAAGCAUUUCUUUUAUUGCUGCUGCUGCUGUUGUUGUUGCUAAUGCUGUUGUUGUUGUUGUUGUUGUUGUUGUUGAUGUUGUCAAUGUUAUCCUACCAAGAUCAGUAAUUGCCAUGAAAAAAAAAACAGUCAAGAGGGUUAGUGUUUGCCAAAUAUAAGACUGUUGUUGCUUGCUAGCUUGAUAUUUGAAGGGGAUAUGGUAGUUAAGAAUAUAUAUUCUUUGCUUGAAAAUGUUAGACGAGUAUAUAGAAGAUUUUACGUUGUAUUUAUCACUGCAAACUGUAAAUAUUAUGCAAGGAAUUGCUUGUAGAAUUGUCACAUGAAUAAAAUAGCAAUAAAAAGCAACUGGUAAUACA